CUAUGGUAAGCCGUAACUACGUUUAAACAACAAGACCAAAAGAUCUAUAGAGGAAGCAAUUAUAGUGCAUACCUAUCUCAUAAAACAUGACAACUGCAGCACGACCAACAUUUGAACCAGCCAGAGGUGGUAGGGGGAAGAAUGAAGGGGAUCUAAGUGCUUUGUCGAAGCAGUAUUCCAGUCGAGAUCUACCAGGCCAAACACGGUUGAAAUACAGGGAAGAAGGUCAAGGGACACAGGAUGAGCUGCGUAGCAGAGACUUUCGCAGGGAGUUGGAGGAAAGGGAACACUCGUCUAGAGAAAAGAGAGGUUCAAGGGAUCCGAAAGACAAAGAUUCAAGCAAGAGACCAAGACUAGAUCAGAUUCCGGCUGCAAACUUGGACGCUGACGACCCAAUUGAUGACGAGGAUGAAGAUGUGGACUCUGAUGAGAGCGAUGAAGAUGAUACAGCCGAGCUGAUGGCUGAACUGAACAGGAUUAAAAAAGAGAGAGCAGCAGAGCAAUCCCGCAGAGAGCAAGACAAAAAGGCUGAAGAUGAGCGAAUACGGACAGAAAACAUACUUAGUGGCAAUCCACUUCUAAAUGCAACAAAGGGAGACUUUAAAGUAAAGCGAAGGUGGGAUGAUGAUGUUGUUUUUAAGAACUGCGCCAAGGGACUUGAAAAUAAGACAGGCAGGUUCGUCAAUGAUACGCUGCGCUCAGAAUUCCACAAAAAAUUCAUGGAUAAGUACAUCAAAUAAACAUACAAAUGAUAGUCCUUGCAUUCUUUAAUGUAUCUCUUCCAUAACUACCACAAAAUCCCUAAAUAUAUAAUAGAUUUAAAAGGA